CCUGGGGCAGCGGCGGGGUGCACAGGCCGGGCGGCCGGAACUGCUUGUGUGACCCCGGCAGUAGACGCCUCCGAGCGGGAGAUGGAGGCGGGGAGUGCGGCCGGCUGCUGUGUCCGUCCCUAACGUUGCUGGUUGUUCGCGGCGGCGCGUCUGAGCCGAGGCGCCGCUCGGUGAUCGCCCGGUGAACAGGGUGCGGCGGGAGCCCCGGCCGGUGCGGGCCGAGCGGCAGCGGCGGCCGGUAACGCGGGGACCGGCCUCGGGCUGGAACGGUCCCGCUGAGGGCUAACACAAGGGAAGAAUGAGUGCAGAAGCAGCUGAUCGGGAGGCAGUAACCUCCAGCCGACCCUGCACACCGCCCCAAACUAUCUGGUUUGAGUUUUUGUUGGAUGAAGGAUUGCUUGAAAAACACUUGCAAAAGUCUUAUCCAGCAGAUCCAUCACCAAUUCAGCUGAUAAACCAGUUUUUGGAGCAGGCCUCCAAACCGUCUGUAAAUGAGCAGAACCAGGUCCAGCCACCAACUGACAAUAAGAGGAACCGCACAUUAAAGCUCCUUGCUCUCAAGGUCGCUGCACACUUGAAAUGGGAUUUAGAGUUGUUAGAGAAAAGCUUGACAGUGCCAGUGCUGAAUAUGCUUCUGAAUGAGCUGCUUUGUAUCAGCAAGGUUCCUCCAGGUGUCAAGCACGUCGAUCUAGACUUGUGCAGCCUGCCUCCAACCACCACCAUGGCUAUUCUGGUGUAUAAUAGAUGGGCAGUUAGAACAACUGUUCAGAGCAGCUUUCCAGUGAAACCAUUAAAACCUGGUCCUCCGCAGUUAAACCUAAUGAGUCAGAUGCAGCAAGAAAAAGAAUUGACAGAUAACAUUUUAAAAGUGCUUAAGGAGCAGGCCGGAGACUCCAUUCUGGUUUUGGAGAGAGCACUUCAGUUGACCGCAGACCUAUAUGUGCAUACUAUGGAGACACUGGACCAAAUGGCUGAAGAAUCUUGCCUAGCAAAUGGAGAUACCGAAAGCUCAACAGCUGGAUUACGAAUCAGUAUGGAUGAAAUGCAUUGCCAGGUUUGCUAUGAUCUGGGCACAGUAUUCUUCAGUCAAGGCUCUUCGAAUCCACCUGUCUAUGAAAAAGCUAAGGAACACUUAUUCAAAACCAGUGAACUGCUCUCAAAGAUUGGAGCUGAACCUGUUCAUUGUCGAAUUGACCAGAAAAGAUUGGAUGGUUACUGCCAGGCGUGUGCAGUGUUAACAGCCCCAUCUGAUGUAAAUGAGCUACAGCUGACAACAUAUGGCCGGGUUCAUCACUGUGUUAAAUCCAGUAACUAUCAGGGAUUAAUUGAGAUUUUUCUCAAUGACAACAUUACCUUAAGUUUGUUGCCCCACUUCAGACAGUCUGUCCUAAGAGACCUUUCUCAAAAGGCUCAAAAUGGGGAUAGAAACUUAGAAGAAGUUUGCUUUAAAGUCUGUAUAUGCAAUACUAUUCGGGAUGUCCUGGAACAGCAGAUGAUUGGUGUAAGGUUCCAUCAACUAAUGCUGAAGCCUACCAAAGAAAGAAUCGACUUCCUCCUGGAGACAUGUGUACGGUCACUAAACCUGGAUGAAGCUUCGGAAGAUUCUAAAAGAAAUAUGGCUGCUUUCUUAAAGAACCUAUGCCAAAGUUUGGAUGACCCUCAGUUUGUUUUCAUGAUUUCGUCGCAUGAUUUGUGCACUAAAUUGCUGAAGGAUGAGGAACGAAAACAGAUACUUGAUCAAAUGAGGAAGCGAUCACCUCGUGCUAAGUUCUCUGCCAAACCAUUGACUGUUUUCUAUGACAUACCUGCAUCACCCAGUGUCAGUAUUGGUCAGUUGGAACACCAGCUCAUCUUAACAGUCGACCCAGGGAGAAUUCGACAGAUUCUGAUUGAACUACAUGGAAUGACAUCAGAUCGACAAUUCUGGACUGUUUCCAAUAAGUGGGAAGUGCCAACAGUUUAUGGUGGAGUUAUUCUUGGAAUUAAGGAUAAUCUGACCAGGGACUUGGUAUACAUAUUGAUGGCUAAAGGUCUACAUUGCAUUAUGAUCAAGGAUUUUGCCCAUGCAAGGCAGCUCUAUUCUACCUGCCUAGAACUGGUUACCGAGUUUUCCCCCAAACUUCGGCAAGUUAUGCUCAAUGAGAUGUUACUCUUGGAUAUCAGUGCUCACAAAGCAGGGACAGAAAGUGCAGGAGAUCGUCCACCAGCUGAUCUUGUGAGUCGUGUUCGAGGUUACCUUGAGAUGAGACUACCAGUGUACCCUGGUGGUAAAAUGUCAUCGCGUCAUUCGGCCAUGCUAAGAGAAGACAUUCCAUUGCGACAAAUUAUAACAGAAGAGUGUGUCGCCUUCAUGUUGAACUGGAAGGAGAAUGAAUACCUGACGCUUCAAAUUCCUGCACCGCUCAUCCAGAACAAUCCAUUUGUGAAGCUGGGACAACUUUUGGCUGCAACUUGCAAAGAACUACCUGGCCCAAAGGAAAGCAGAAGAGCUGCUAAAGACCUUUGGGAUGUAGUUGUUCAGAUCUUUUGUUUAUCUAAUCAGCACAAGCGAGUCAAUGAUGGAAGAAUCAGUUUAAUAAAAUAUCGAGAAUCCACACUGGGGAUCAUGAAGAGGAGCGAACUGGUAACGUUCAUUAAGAGACUGAGUGAUCCACUGGUGCUCACAAUAUUAAUCUCCCUUUUCGUGAAGUUACACAAUAUUGUUCGGGAUGACAUUGUAAAUGAUGUCACUGCAGAGUAUAUGUCCAUUUGGCCAACAUCUGUCCCAAACUUGCAGUCGGUGGAUGUUGAGGCUGUUGCUGUCACAAUGAGGGAGAUGGUCAGUUAUUCAUUAAACAUCAACUUCAAUAACCACUAUUGGUUAACUACCCAAGCAGAUAUUUACUUUGCAACCAACCAGUUUUCUGCAGCCCUGCACUUCUACCUCCAAGCUGGUGCCAUUUGUUCAGACUUCUUCAAUAAGUGUGUUCCAUCCGAUGUGUACACCGACAUGGUGCUGAAGAGAAUGAUCAAAUGUUGUUCAAUGUUAAAUUGCCACACGCAAGUGGCAAUAUUGUGUCAGUUCCUCAGAGAGGUAGAUUAUAUGACUGCUUUCAAGGCUUUACAAGAACAAAACAGUCACGAUGCAAUGGAUUCCUACUAUGAUUACAUCUGGGACAUCACCAUCUUGGAGUACUUGACACACAUCCAUCACAAAAGAGGGGAAACUGACAAACGCCAAAUAGCAAUCAAAGCAAUUGGACAAUCAGAGCUCAACUCUAGUAAUCCUGAAGAGGUUUUGCAGCUAGCAGCUCAGAAGAGGAAAAAGAAGUUCCUGCAAGCCAUGGCAAAACUUUACUUUUAACCAUUAUUAGCUGCAAACCUUUGAAACAAGUUAUUCAGGGACACUUCUCCCUGUAUUCAUAAAUAGUUAAAAUAUUUGACUGGUUAAAUGUAUUACACUGCUUGUGGUCAUUUUGAAGCACAUUGAGCAGUCUGAUUUUUGUAGUGUUUCAUAAGAUAAAUGUGAAAAAUGCAAAUUACAGCUGUUUCAAUUUUCAAAUUUAAUUUCACAGCACCUAAUUUCAUAGUACUAGUCUUAACAGCUGGGUAUCAAAGAUACUCCACCAGUUCAUAGCUUACACUUUCAAUGUCAUAUUCUUAGAUCAUUGGAAAUUGUAUUUUGUAUAGUCAGAUAGCUGUCUUAAUAGCUAAUUCUGUACAUUUUUACAAUGCUAUUUACAGUAAUACAUUAAAUUCAUGUUCUUUGGCAGUGAGA